AUUGCUGAUACGAAGGAAAGACUUGAUAAAUACUAUGGGAACUCUGCACUUUCAAUUUCAAUGGUUAAGAAGUGGUUUACUGAGUUCCGUUUUGGUCGUACCAGCAUAAGUGACGCCGAACGUUCAGGUCGCUCAAAAGACAUCAUCACGUCAGAAAGCGUCGAUAAAAUCUAUGGAAUGAUAUACGAUAGGAGAGUGAAAGUGCGUGAGGUGGCUGAGGCUGUAGGCAUCUCAACUGAGCGGGCACAUCACGUUUUACAUGAAUAUUUGGACAUGAAAAAACUAUACGCGAGACGGGUGCCGCGCUUGCUCACACUGGACCAUAAGCGCAACCAUGUGACCACUUCAAAGGAGUGUUUGACGAUGUUCAACCGCAAUCCGAACGAGUUUUUGCGCCGUUUCGUAACCGUGGAUACUGAUUUGAAGAAAAAACGACCGCAUUUGUCGAAGGAAAAAGUGCUGUUCCAUCAGGACAGUGCACGAGUGCACACGUGUGUAGUUGCGAUGGCAAAAAUCCAUAAAUUGGGUCACUAA